UGGGAGUUGUUGAUGUCAUGGAGAGAGAGAUCAGGUGUUUGAUCUACAUGUGAAAGAGAAGUCUGUCUCCCUCAGACUCAGCCUCGGCCUCAGCAUCAGCUACUCCUGCAGGCUGCACCCAGCCAUGGACUCCAGCGUCGUGGUGGAAAACAUCUACCUCCUGGUCAUCGUGACGCUCAUCAGCGUCCUCCAGAACGCUUUUUUUGCUCAGAAGGUAGAGAGGGAAUGCAAGAAACCUGAUGGCCACACAUCUGCUUUCGAGCGAUUAUCUUGUGCCAACCGUAACUGCAUGGACGCGUAUCCCACGUUCCUGGCAGCGAUGUGGUGCGCCGGGGUUUGUCUCACUCAAGCUCCUGCAGCCUUCGCCGGGAUCGUCUACCUCCUCGUCAGGCAGAAGUAUUUUAUUGGAUACUUGGGACAGACCUGUCAAAGCACUCCCGGCUACCUGUUUGGAAAGCGCAUCAUAGGUUUCCUGCUCCUGAUGAGCGUGGUGGGCGUGUUCAACCACCUGCUGCGCCGCUACCUGGGCGGGGGCUACAAGGAAUACGUAGAGACCAUCACCAACGCUGCAUCUGCCCUCCUGCUCAUCCCGUAGAGCUGCACACAUUUAUCCUUCAGCUCAUCAAGCUGUUGAAUUUAAAAAAGAUUUGCUCUCUUGUGUGUAAAAAAACAUUUAUUGGUUUCUUUUUAAAUUACAGGAAUUACGAUAUCCCCACACCAAAAUGUUGAUUGUUUAGCACGGACAUCUGUAAACAUUGCAUUUUCUAGUACCAGUUCAACCCCAAUAGAGUACAAAAGCUGGAAAUAAUUUGACACUGAACCAUGCAAAUAAAAUGUCUUUUUAUACACACAGAUUGUCUGAAUCAUCUUCAUGCUAUCCAGAAUUUCCUCUUCAGGCCAUGAGAGUGGUUUUCUAACACUGAAUAGAAGAGAAAUCUGGGCCCAGCAACUAAAACAGCGAAGUUGCAGCAGUCUGCAAGGGUGCCGGUUCCACGCCCGACGGGCCGACAGCAGACCGUUCAUCGUGCUCAUUUUACCAAUCUUGUUGAAAACUGCACAGAAACGUUCCCCUCCUCUUCCUCAACAGCUGGGUCAUGUCAGUCUGACCUUUGGUUGUAGGAGACACAAGGAAAAAAAUCAUAUAAGUCAGGUCUCUACAAACAAAUACCACACAUACAUACACAUUAUAUACAUACGCAGGGUCGGUGCCAGAGCAAAUAUUCAGAGCGGGCACGAGGCUUAUUAGGACGGGCACCAAAUCAGUCGUGUAGGACAGCAUUUUAAGGAAAAAAGUGCAUUCUCACUGCUUUCCUAUUAAUAAUCUGUCUAAAACAGCCUUUCUGGUGAAUAAAAUCACCCCAGACACCCCAGAGUAAAAUAUAAUUAAAAACCGCACUGCAUCGCUCUGACUGUAAAUGCAUAAGUCCCGUUUAUUUUGUAUCAAUAACUUGAACACGAUAACUGCACCAGAGUAGAAGUCAUCGUUCACUGCUGUGCUUGGUUGCCACGCUGAUGGACUGAAACUAUGGUGAUUUUUAUAAGAAAGACUGCCUAAAGAGACUUUUCCAGCCGGCUUCACGCCGGCUGGAAAAGUGAAGCCUGAUUUAUGGUUCUGCGUUAAAUCGACGCAGAGCCUACACCGUAACGUACGCGGCGAAGCGCACCGUACGUGCGAGGAAAUUCGGACAGGCACAGCUGAUUUAGCGGAGCUCUUUAAUGCAGAAACAGAGGAUGAGACUUCAAUGGGUUUGAUUAAUGUAAAAACUGAAAUAAAGUACAAUCAAAC